AUGGAAGAGUAUCAAUCAUCUGUAAGACAAUACAAUAAUGUUCAUUCACGAAUGAUGAUGAUGAAAAAAGAGCUUUAUCGAAUGGAGAUUGUUAUUGACGAGUUACAAGUUCAACCAAAAGAAACUUAUGUAGCAUUAGGUAAAGCUUUUGUAUUAUCUGAUUAUGACAAAUUAAAAAAAGAUAUUAAAGAAAAGCACGAUAAUUUAGAAAAUGAUAUUAAAAAACUCGAACCAAUGGAUGCUUCUUUGGCUCAAAAAGUUAACGACGCUCAAGAAAAAUUGAUUAAAUCAAUGAAAACUCAACAAAAAUAA